GCGUGAUUACACGUAGGGGCGGGCGCGUUGCCACGGUAACGGCUUUCUGAGUGAAUUUUUCCGUAUUCGUUUCGUUUGAAAAUGUAUUAAUGUACAGUGACAGUUGAUGGAUUUGAAUAUGAGCGAUGGUUUGUGUACAAAUGGAAUGACUCUAAAAAGUAGAAGCGGCGUGUGGGCAGCGGCCAUGGCGAGAUGAGCGCGCCGCUGUCUGCCGCCGAGGCGCUUUCCUCUCUGCUGUGGCAGCCCUACGAUUGUCGUUCUCCGCCUCUUGCGCGAUCACGAACCGAUGGCGCUCUCUCUGGAAUUCAGGGCUGUCAAAGCAGCCCUAUGCGCGUGUGGUUUAUCGCGGGGGACGAGGCAUGCCAGUCGCCGAACGGCGGUCGUCAUGCGCGCGCGUCGUUGUCAAUAUUACCAGAGAUGCGGCUGCCAGUGCCGGCGCCCGCUCCGUUGCGAAAAUCCGACUCAGUGUCAGUGCGCGUACCGGGCGAGCCCAGUCAUGUGAACAUAGUGCAAGUUUCGCCAUUAAAUGUAAACAGUGCCGUGCAAACGGAAGCCGAGAGGAAUGUCGUCAGUGCCGAGUGCCAGACUGAGGAGCCACGACGGCGGCGUGCUCGCCGGAGCAGGGCUCCGCGGGCCCCAGAGGAGACCCUGCCCCCACCUCCAUACAGCACGCUGCCUCCCGUACACCCAGUGUGUCCUGUGCCCGUACCGCCGGUACCGGCACCCAUCAUUGCCCCACACCCACCAGCACAUCGGUUCCCUUUUCAACCAGUUCCACUAAGCAGAUCUGGCAGAGGUGCAGCCUACGCGUGUUCAGAGGGGGAAGGAAAUGCUCCAAAGUCGUGCUGUGGUCGCCCACCAUUAAGGCUCUGCGUGCUCUUCUUGGGGGUAGUUGGAGCUUGCUUGGUUGCAGCUGGCGCCACCUUGGGAGCUUUAAGGCCUCAUCCGACACCACUCACAUUGAUACUGCUUAUGAUAGGUAUCGGCGUGGUAUUAGUGACAGCAGCAGGUCUGGCGUGGCGUCUCGGUGCCCGUGACGCCCCAUGCGCCCUGUUUGGAAUCAGAAGAGCGUCAUGUCGACGGCUGGUCCCGCGUCUCCCCCCAAGUUACGCCAGACCCCACCAUCCGUACGCCGCAAUGCUGUACCCAGAGUUUCACUAUCGGCCGCCGCCACCCACCUAUCAGGCGUCCAUGCAAGAAUAUAGACUCAGGCUACUUCUCCUAGAUAGAAGUGCUCCAGUGGUGUCGCCACCUCCGACCUACCGGUCAAACUCAGCAAGUCUAGUCAGAGGUUCGACGGGAGCAGGCUGGUGCGGCUCUGAAUACAGCGGUCCACCGUCCUAUCGCACACCUCGCACAGACCCACCGGCCACAGAUAAUAUUCCCACAAUCACCACAGACCUGAAAUAUACAAACGACAUAGAACCAACGAGAAUAGAGCCACAAGAACAGGAGAAGGAUCCAGAACAUCUCGUCACAAUAGUUCACACAGACGCUCAGCCUGUCAUUGUGACAGUUUCUGGGUCCACAGCGUUAAAUGAGUCUCAGGUUCCGCCGUCAGAAAUUGAUAUAUUAGCGCACUUAUAACGAAAUGAACGAGAAUGAACGAAUAGUGUUGUGAACGAACGCUGAAUGAAGUGAUUUAUUGGUGCCCUAUUGUUCUUAAUGGUUUAUACAUAGAUUGGUUUAUUUGUAGUUAAGAUUGUGAAUGCUAUGUGUGUUUAAAUUCAAAAUACAUGCACGCUGUUUUUAGUUAUAUUCCCCUAUAUUAGAAACUGUACGUUGACAUGUUAAGCCCCUCUAAAUCAUUAUAUUUUCAGACAUUUCAGUUGUUGCCCUGAAACUAUUAUAAGAAAGGGUACGCACUACGCAUGAUAUCGCUUUUCUUCAAAAUAAUUUAUUUAAUAUUUCUAAACGGCUAGUCGUGUGCUUUCUUUAAGUUAUUAUAACUUAACGAAUCGGGAUGUUUUUAGUUUCAAUAAAAAUUUUUAGACAAACGCAAUUGAAUGUGGUAAUUUUUUUCUUCAAAUGUGUGAUGUUUUUAAUUUAUUUUAACAAUAGUUUGCAUGCAGUGUUCACGUAUGUUUCAGAGAAUUUUUAUCAUAGACAUACAUAGCAUUUACUAUUCUAUAUAUUGCACUAUCAAUCGUACCUUAUAUAGUUAUAACUUGUAAAUAAAGGCUUUGUUUCAUAAAAUUAAUGUGCCGUGUAUAUAAGUUAUGUUAAUACAUAGUUGUAAUAAGACGGAGAUAUAAGAACAUAAUACCAAAUCUCACCACAAUGUACAAUUUGUAUUGUUAUUAGAGUGCCUCGUACCAAUGUUUAAUAAUUAUUUCUUUUGUAUAUAACCCUGUUUUUCAUUAGGUAAUUUAAAAUUUUCGAAUACGAACAAUGGUUUAAAAAUACGACUUGUUUAUGGUUUUUAAAUAUAUCUGUGCUUUUAAACGUAUGAAUUUAUAAUCUGUACAAUAACUUCCCUUGUGUAGUCUGCUGGUUUGCCAUUACAAAAAAUGCUUAUAUUUAUUAUCUGCGAUUUAUUAAAGAAUGAGGAUUGAAAGUACCUAAGAUUCAUUCAUAUGGAGUUUAGUUUAAUAGAAGUUUUACUAUUAUACUGUGUUAUUAUUUUAAUGUAAUAAAUAAAAGAUUUCACAUAUUAGAAUUUUAUCAAAUUAACAAAUCAUUUUAAUUUCUGGACGAUGAUUGUGUACUAAAUACAACUUUAAAAGCUUGUUAAAUGUGUCCAUUAUGAUUUCAAUUUUUAACAAUAUAUAAGAAAAAUUAAUACAUAUUAUCAAAGUUGUCAAGUUGUUUAAGUCUUGUCUUUCUGAACCGUUUAUUUUUGUUUAUAAUUGCAAUAUAAUUAGUAGUUUAAGGAUUUUUUUAACAAUAUAAUUACCCUUUAUUUAUAAAGACAUCAGUUUAAUUACACUGUUCUAAUCAAAAAUUCAUCGGUCUUCUGUCACAUUUAUUGACGCUAUGUUGAAAAGAGACAGAUUUAGUUAAAAUAGUGUGGUGAAACUGAUUUUGUUUUUAUGGAUAAGGGGGUUAGUAUCUAAUUAUGUAACUAAUAUUUUGUAAAUAAUGUUAUCUGUAUUAUAAGAAAAACAAUAAAAGAUUUUAAGUUCAAAAUA